AUGGCAGACUCCACGUCACACGUUGAGCUGCAUACUUCCAACGAUAAUCUCAAAAAUUCUGUCAACCCAACCUAUGCGGCGAGCACUGAGACAAUUGCUGAUCCUGAACCGAAAGCAAGAUCGAAUCAACGGCAACCGAGAUCUAUGAAGGCGUGUUCCACGGCGAAGCCGGAACGAAAGUAUCCUUCUUCGGGAGAGUCGGGAGAAAGACCCAUCAUUAGGAGCUACCGAGACAAUCGCAAGGAAAGAAGAGGCCGUCGAAGGAGGAAUCGAGCGCAGCAACUCAACGAUACCAACGAACGGCUCGUUGCUCAGCACAUGCACGACGAGAUCAGGAUUCAGCACCUCAAGCGGCAAAUCAAGUCACGCUGGCUCCAGGAUGCGGAGUUCUUGGCUCGCAGACUGCAUUCGCGCGCACGGAGUGUCUGA